ACAGCUUCAGUUUUUCAUGGUCGGAAGUGACGCUUGUUGAUGUAGGUUUGGUUGGGGCGCAGCGUUCACUGUCAGAGAGAGGACAAUAUCAAAAUCAUAAAGGGGAAAAAUCCUGACGAAUUGAACAGUUGUCGGUAAAGCGGGAGAAAAACAUAAGCAACAGACGCCACUGCAACAUGAAUCCGGUUUACAGCCCGGCUCCGACAGGAGUGCCCUAUGCGAACCCCAAGGGAAUAGGAUACCCAGCAGGUUUUCCGGUCGGCUACGCCACAGCGGCCCCUGCUUAUUCUCCCAAUAUGUUCCCCGGAGCCAAUGCUGCCUUUCAGACAGGUUUCACACACGGCACACCGUACAAAAUGUCCUGCUCACCAACCACCGGUACGGUCCCGCCGUACUCUUCGUCACCAAAUCCCUACCAGACAGCCGUCUUCCCAGUGAGAAGCGCUUACCCACAACAGAACCCAUACGCACAGCAGCAAGGUACCUACUUCACACAGCCCCUGUACGCGGCUCCACCCCACGUCAUCCACCACACCACAGUGGUCCAGCCCAACGGAAUGCCAGCCACCAUGUAUGCACCCCCCAUCCACACGCCCCGCGCCAAUGGCGUCGCCAUGGGCAUGGUAGCCGGCACCACCAUGGCAAUGUCAGCUGGCACCUUGUUGACGACUCACUCCCCAGGUCCAGUACCCCCUCACCAAGUCACGAUGCCCACGUACCGGCCGCCUGGAACGCCCACCUACAGCUACGUGCCCCCCCAGUGGUAAAAGAAUGAUGCCGUUGAAGAUACUAGAUAUGCAGUCAUAUUCAGUCCAGUAUUCUACACAUGGUGCUGAAGCCCUGAUGUCACCAACCAGGAUUUCAUUUGUCCAGUCAAAUUGAAAAGAUUAGAAAAAAAAGAAACCAAACAGAAAAGAAGGCGGAUCAAGAAUCUUCCCAUCCUGGGUAACUCAUGGAAGCAGUUCCCCCGCACUCCAAUCUCCCCCCCACACCCCACUUCUGUUUGCUUUACUGCCGAUGACUAGGCUUUGACAACAAUGUGUCCUGUGGACUGUCAUGCAACUCUAAAUAACGUAAAUAAGGCAGUUUACUUUUUAGUUCUGGACCCAUAUCUAGCCAAAUGCAUGUUUAUAUAGAUGCCAGUGUAAAAAUAUAUUUAAAAAGCUUGCUCUAUGUAGCUGCAGUGACUGAUGCAAAACUGUCAGAAGCAAAAUCCAAAGGUAUUGAGUACAAAAAAAACCUAUUAUAAAAACAGGGGCUGACACUCAGUAUCACAGAAGCUAUGUCUUAAUGUUACUUAAACUAAGUAUUUCUUUAUGAAUGAACAUGUAAAUUAAGUUUACUAUACAUCUCAGUGCAGUAUACUUUGAACCAAUGCUAAAGUUGAACUUUUUUUUAAAGUGUGAUUUUGUUUUGUACUGGCAUAACAGAGCAGGCCAUUUAAUUUUGUUGGGUGAUGCUGCGUUGAUAUAAAUUUAUACAUCAUUUGUAGACGCUGGUUUUUGGGGUGGGUGGAUGGGUGGUUCUGCGCAGGCCUACCUGCCUAUUCAGGUAUGUUCCCCUUGGCUCUUCUCCUGUGUAGUGUUUGGGACUGUGUGUGUGUGUGUGUGUGUGUGUGUGUGUCUUGGCAGGACAGAGCCUUGGAAAAUACUGCAGAACUUCUUUUUUUUCCGUUUUUCUCCCCUUUUGUUUUUUUAAAAACAAUCUCACCUGAAUAAAAAAAACAUAAAGCCUGAAAUGGGGGUGUUGAAUAUAGGACCAACCAUGCCCUUAGGCAUUGUAGAGGGAGCAGCUGUUUUCUCGGUUUAUUGAAUGUUUUGCCAUUUUAUUACACUUUAAAUGUGCAACUUGCUAGUCAUUUCAAUGUCUUUUUAAAACUACUGGUGAGCAGUUCUCUCGAGUGGGUCAUUCAUUUGUUCGGUAGCUUGGUCUGGUCUUACAGUAAAGCGAUUACCUCAAGGCCGCACCAGAAUGGACUGACCACAUCAUUGUCUUUUAGGAAUUCGCACUGCUUCCUUCAUAUUUACCUCAUAUUUGUGGGCUGUGUCAAGGAAGUGAUGUAAUACUUCUUUUGUAUUAUAUAUUUUUAAAAGACCAAAAAAAAAAAAAAAACAGCAAAUACAAUGAGUAUUGUCAGAGGUUCUCAUUAAUUAGUUGAUAUUGAUACUUGUGCAAGAAGAUCAAAUAUAUGCUCAAAUCAGCAUGCCUAAUUAAAAAAAAACCCACAACUGUGCUCUUCUACUUAACAGAACUCAUUUAAGUAUAUUGCUAACAGUCUACUAUUUGUAGGAAUCUACUUCUGAUGUACUUUUCAAAAAUGAUAUCUUAAAAUGAUGUUGAAAUUGCCGAUUUCCUUUGAAGGACCGGCUAUCUCAAUAAUCAAAUAACCGUGCUUUUUUUCAAUAGCCCUUUCAAUAGCCCAUUACUAGUGUAAUUCAUUUCAGCGGCUUGCGUUUCUGCAAACACCACAAACCUGUAUAAAGAUAUUCUGCCUGUGUCGCACUGUACCAUCAGAAUAUGUCUUAGUUGAAUGAUCAGAAUUUUGGCAGGUACAAUUCUUUAAUGAGCAGUUUCACAUAGUAAACAUGUCACCUGCAUCUUAGAAUUUGUACCAGAAUGGCUGUUUCUGUUUCCCUCAAAGGAUGAUGAUAAUGGCCUAUCAAAGUUGGCUUCAUGUAAUUCAGCUACUUAAAAUGUUUGGCCCCAAUUCAAUCUGGCCAUAUUUCGCUGAACCUAACAGUCUGUAUAGGCUGCUCUGCAAUACUCGAGCACCACCCUGAAAAAAAAUGAGGCAAUGUUCUAAGCUUGAUCUCAAAAAGGUUCAGGAAUAUGCCUGCAUAUCCUGACUUUUAUUUAUUUUAGACUAAAAGUUUUGCAGUGAUGCUGCUGAAGACCAAGCAAUGUGGGAAGUGCACUUGUACACAGUAGGACUUAUGGGGCUCGGGAAGACUCUUGUUUUUGCCUUUGGAUUCAUUGAAAUUUUUUAUUUUUUGUUAUGCAUUAUGCCCGAGACAGCAGGUCAAAAGUUUUGACUGCCUAGUUACCCACCCUGCUUCUUGCAACAAGUGGGUGUACGAACACAGGUUUGAACUGUCUUUGUAGUAGAUGCAGUGACCACAUUAUUAAAAGCACUACUUGUGUAUUUUUUGUUUGCUGGUUGCGUUCUGAAUUGCUGUCCAAAAUGUGAUUUAUUGUAUUUUGAUUAUAAUGGAAUAUGUUUUAUUUUUGUUUUUUUCAGUCGUCUCAGCAAUACAGUUGUACUGGUAUUUGUACUACUCAAUUUCACAUAUAAGGACAAUCACCGCUUUGUGUCUCCACAUUUGUCUGUGGCCAUGGGAUAAUCCGAUAAUUUAUGGAAAGAGGUUCUUCUGACACCAUUCCUGGCCAUUUACACGUUUUUUUUGGAAGCUGACGAGCUGCCCUUCACGUGACCCUGCAGGUCAGUGGCGGGAAGCUGGUCUGCUGGGAAAAGCAUGGCAAACAUUCUCUUCCAGUCCUGUCAUUGUGUGUGGCAUCCACUAGGUGACGCUGUGUCUCUGAACUCAACAACAUUGAUCAAAGGAAAUGUUUUUUUUUUAUGUUUGGAGAGAUGUACUGUAUUUCCAACAUUUUAAAUAAAGUUGAUAUACAAAACUUAA